AUGUUAGUACAUUCGAGGAAGUCAUUCGGUUUAAACAGAACUCGGAUAUUUGGAAACAGAAUAACAGGAUCAAGAUAUUAUUCUUUGUAUACAUUUUCCAAAGAAAAUAGGGACAACAUGGCAAAAAAAAAUUUCUGGUUUAAAGGAUUCAAGUCAAAAUACACUGACCACGGAAAUAAGUAUGAAAAGGAGGCAUUGGAAAUAUAUAGCAAGAACAACAAUGUUAUUGAAAUGGGUUUGGUUAUUUGCCAAAAAUUUCCACGGCUUGCUUAUUCUCCGGAUAUGGUCGUAUUAGUAAACGGAGUCCCUGAAAGAUUAGUCGACAACAAAUGUCCUUAUGAUAGUAUAGAGAACGUAUCAAUAAAUUUAAUACGUACCUGUUCAUAUUUAGAAGUAACUGUAAAACAGGGUAUUUGUCUAAAGAAAAACCACUCUUACUAUGGCCAGGUACAGUUGGGAAUGGCAAUUCUAAAUUUACAAGUUUGUGGUUUAAUUUUAUAUUUAUCGUCUUCUAAAAAAUUUUUAAAUAUACUAGUACAGUUUGCCACAAAAAUGUUGGACACAAAACGUGUAAAUAUUUUAAUAAUUUAUUACAUUUUGUUUGUACAAAUCCUACUUAAUUUUUUUUUUUUUGUUUAUAAUAUUAUAAUCAUAAUUUUAUUAAUAGAAGGUAUCAAAGUAUUUGAUAAAGGAUUAUUUAGAAUAUUAAAAAUCUUAAUUCUUUGGUUGACUCGCUCAAUAUGUACUCUAGCCCUAGAUAUUAACACAUUUUCUUUCGAUUCAGAUUCACUAAAUUGUUUUUUUUUGUCGUAG